AUGCAGAACGAGCCCAUGUUCCAAGUCCAAGUGGACGAGUCCGAAGAUACAGAAUGGAAUGAUAUCCUUAGAGCGAAAGGUGUCAUCCCAGAGAGACCACCUUCCCCAACGGCCCAAUUAGAAAAGGCCCUAGAGGAUACUAUAAGGAAGCAACAUGAGAAUAGGUUGGAGGAUAAGGAUUUGGAUGAAUUGGAUGCCUUAGAAGACGAGGAGGAUGAGGAAUUCUUGGAGUUGUACAAGAGGAAACGAUUGGCUGAGAUGGCUAAAUUGCAACAGCGAUCAAAGUUUGGUGAAGUGUUCCAUAUUAAUAAACCCGAAUAUAAUAAAGAGGUCACGCUAGCUAGUGGUGGUAAAGAUGUGCAAACUGAGACGGAGGAACCGGAAUCGGAAGAUGAAGCAGAACCACAACAGCAAAGGGAGGGUGUUUACGUUUUCGUUCAUUUGUCCUUGCAAAGUAAAUUGCAAAGUAGGAUCUUGUCGCAUAUCUUCCAAGCCAGUGCUUCCAAGUUUCCUGAAUUAAAAUUCGUAGAAAUUCCUGCCAAUAGAGCCAUUGAAAAUUAUCCAGAUGCUAAUUGCCCCACUUUAUUGAUUUACUACAAGGGUAAUGUGUUAAAGAAUAUGGUGACACUAUUGGAAUUAGGUGGUAAUAAUACAACAGUGAAAGAUUUUGAAAAAUUAAUGGUAGAUAUGAAAGCUGUGGAUGAAAAGGAUAACAGAUUAAUUAUAAAUCAAGACGAUGAUGAAUCUCGAGAGGAGAGACAUUUGAAAUUUGCUAGUAAAGGAAUAAGAUCCGGUUCAAAAGGAUUAGGUACUGGAUCGUACUUAGAUGCUGGUGAAGGUGAUGACGAUGAUGAUGAUUUCUUUGAUUAG